AUUAUGGUUAUUGUUGAUUAUUAUAAACGUCAUUUUGAUAUUUAGUUUGUUAUUUGUGUAUUUAAUCUAUUGACAAAAUGAAUAAAGCUGAAAAAUUACUUGCAGCUCGUAAAAAGCUCAAAGAAUUUCAACAAAAAAAACAAACACAUCAUUCUGAUGUCACUCCAGAUGUACAAAAUCAAAUCAAGGAUGACAUUGUAACGAGCGACAACAACACAAUCAACUCAUCAAUAAAUCAUAAUGUUGAACAAUCAUUUGACAUUCCAACAAUUAAAUCAAUUAAUUUUCCAACAACUGAUGAUAAUACAAGUGAAAAAAGUAUUAAUGAAACAACAACAACAAAUGAAAUUGAUAAAUUAAUAAAUGCUGAUGAUGUCAAUCAAACAAAUGAUAAAUUUAUAUCAGAAAAUUUACCAAAUAAUUAUUGGACAAAUAAUGAUAGCACCAAAAAUAACGACAUAUUUGAUCAUUUUAAAUUUCCUGAAAUGAAAAAAGAUGAUCAAGAAGAUGAAUUUUCGAAAUUAACAAAUGGAAAUAUUGAUGUUAAUGAUAUGUCAAUUGUUACAAAUGAAAAUGAUAAUUCACAGUCAUUACAAAAACAACAUUUACUUGAUAUGGCAACAGAAGUUGCAAAUGCAUUAUCUGAAAAUAAUGUUGAUACUGAAUCAUCAAUAUUACCAACAGAUUUACAAUAUAAAAAUGAAUUUUUAACAACAUGUCUAGAUAAACAAAAACGUCUUGCUAAUAAGUUACAUAUUCAAGUAAGUGAAUACAGUAGUAAAAUAGCUGAAUUAGAAGCACAAUUAUCAACAAAAGAUGUUGAAUAUGAAUCAAAUAUUUUACGUAUUGUUAAUCCUCUUAAAGAACAAUUACAAAUACAUGCACAAACAACUGGUAUUCUUGUAUCUGAAAAAGCUGAAUUAACAUCAUCAUUAACACAAUUUGAAACAAUUGUUAAAAAAAAAACUGAAGAAAUUAAUGAGCUAUGUGAUAAAUUAAAAAUAUUACAACUAAAAUUAACAGAUUAUGAAAGUAAUGAAAUGAAAUUAAUUUCUUCAUUUAAUGAAAUUGAAAAUAUAUAUAAAAAAUUACAAAUUGAUUAUAAUCAUCUUGAUAAAAAAUAUAAUGAAUUAAAAAAAGAUAAAGAUGAACAACAAAUGGAAACAGCUGAAUUACGUCAAAAUUUAAAUAUUAAAAAUACAGAAUUAACAAAUUUACAUCGUGAUUAUCAAGAAAAAAUUAAUUUAUUAUCACUUGCUGAAUUAAAAAUUCAACAAUUAACAAAUACACCACAGGAAAUGGAAUUAAUUGAGGGUAAACAUCAAACAGAUAAUGUAUUAGAACAACAAUUAUUACAACUUAAUGAAACACUUAAAAAAAUUAAUACAGAAAAAGAAGAAUCAAAUAAACAUUAUGAAAAUUAUGUUAAACAAUUAGAUGCUCGUUAUGAAACAAUAGUUCAAGAAUUAGAAUUAACUAAAACUAAAUUAACUGAAUAUGAAAAAAAUGAAGAAAGUUAUAUUCAAAGAUUAUCAUUAAUGGAACAACAAUAUCAACAAGAAAAACAAAAAGUUGAUAAAUUAAAACAUCUUGAAAAACAUGAAGAAACAGUUGAUAAUUUAAAUAAAAAUAUAAAUGAUUUAUUAAUUGAAAAAAAUAGCUUAAAUGAAAUCAUUGAAAGUAAAAAUAAUGAAAUUGAAUUAAUUAAAAUUGAAUUAAAAAAAUUACAAGAUUAUAAUGAACAAUAUGUUGAUAAUAAAAAACUUGUAACAGCAUUAGAAAGUGAACAACUUGGUGCAUCACGUGCUGUAUUACAAAAUCAACAAUUAAAAUUACAAUUAAAUGAAAUGCAUGAUGCAUUUGUAACAUUAAGUAAUUCAAAGCUUGAUUUAACUGAAAAAUUACAAGGUGAACGUGUUAUUGGUAAAAAAUUAAAUGCACAAUUAAAUAAAAUUGAAAAUGAAAGAGAUCAACUUGCUGAAGAAUUAAAAAAUAAAAAUACAUUAUUAAUUGAUUAUGAAAAAAAUAAAUUACAAUCAGAACAAAUUAAUGAUCAAAUGCAACAUUAUCAAGCACAAUCAACACAUGCUAGAACAUUACAAGAUGAAUUACAAAAUGCAUUAACAACAAUACAAUGUUUAAAAAAUGAAAAUCAAAUGUUAAAUAAUAAACUAAAUGAUUUAACCAAUAAUGAAAAAAUUCAUAAUAAUAUUAAUGAUGAUAAUGAUAAUAAUACAAUUGAAAUUGGUAUUGAUGUUGGUGAAUUAAAAAAAUUAACAACUGAAACAGAAGUACAAACAAUUAAUGAUGAUAUUGAUUUUAUUGAUUCAUUAGAUUCUGAACCAGUUAAAAAACUUGAAAUAAGAUUUAAAGAAGCAAUGGAAAAAGUUGCUGAAUUAACUGAUGAUAAACAAAAAUUAGAACAUUUAGUUUUACAACUUCAAGGAGAAACUGAAACAAUUGGAGAAUACAUAACACUCUAUCAAAGACAACGUGCUAUACUUAAUCAAAAAGCACAAGAACGAAAUAUGGCAUUUAAUCAAGUUAUUGAACAACGAAAUCAGCAACAAAUUCAGCUGCAUCAAUUAAAAGUACUUGUUGCUGAUUUAUUGAAGAAUCAAACUAACCAAGAAGCAGUACCAAUUAUGCCUAAAACAAAUGAUGAUAUAAAAUCAGCUGAAUCUUCAGAAAAUCAUACAAGUGAAAUUGAAGAAAACAAUCAGCCAGGUAUAAAAAAAGAUGAAGCCAAUGAGCCACUAUUAAAAAAUGAUACAACAGCUAAAAUUCUUGAUCUCUUGACAGAAAUUAAAGAUUGCAAGGAUAAUUGUUCAAUUGAGCCAAAUUUUCAUCCUUGUUUAUGGUGCUCUGGUGAAUUAAUUACAGUCUAAUUAUAAUCUUGAUAAAGAUAAAUAAAAUAAACUGUCUUUUUGUAAAUAAAAAAAAAUAUUUAAUGUAAAUUUGUUUAUUUUUUUUUUCCUGUAAUUACAGGGAAAAAAAAAAUAACAAAUAAAAUUAGAUAAAGAUUUAAUAUAUAUAUAUUUCAAAUUGUAAUUUUCUCAUUAUAUAUUUGAAUUUAAUAAACUUUAAUUAUUUAAAUAAUAAAAAUAUAUUUAAAAAAUAAUAA